GCCGUGGACGAAAGAAAGAUCUUUCCUCUGAAAGCGGGCCAGCAACCGCAAGAGCCGGUGGCCCUCCGCAAGUGUGAAGUCAGGGAUGCAGUAGAUCUUGUCUAUUCCUUUCGGAUCCAGCGGCUCACAGCCUCACACACGGGAGUGAAGUCGCGAAGUCAGAGGAUCCAGACGAUCCGGAUCCCGCCGAGCGCCAAUUCUACUGCCAUUCCCGACUAAAUCGGAGGAGCUUCCAACCCUCAAACCUCGGCUCCGCCGCUUCUCCUUCCCGGAGAUAAUCUUGCGCGAUUCGGUGCAGAUUGGCGGUUUCUAGGGCCGGCUGGGUCCCGUGUUCUUCCGGGUUUGAGGUCAACCUGGCCGCUGCUUGAUUGGAUUCGAGUGGUCGGUUCCCGCAACUCCCGAUCUUUCCUUGCAGUUUCGUGAGACGCUGGUCAAAUUGGUUGCUCUCAGUUUCGUGCUGGCUCCAUUGCUUUAGUUCGCCAACUCUCGGCCAAUAUUGUAGCUAUCUCUAGUCAAGGCCCGCCCAAGAUUGGAAGCUUUAUAAAUUCUUGGAUUGGUUUCAUUAGCAAGAAGCCAGUUCUUGUUUCACAUCUGGCGCUCCAGUAUGUUCUGUAUCAUACUGGCUGUGCAUCUCCAGUAAGGACUUCUGUUCUUGGUUUUGGGACCUCCGGCAUAGUUCCUGGAAGUCUGCUUUUGGCCACCGGUUGCCGGAGCGAUGGCAUCGAGCACCGGUGAGAUGCCUGAGGUGAAGGAGAAGCUGAAGAAUUCUGGAAGCAUGGGGAGCAACGAUACGUAUGUGCGCGCCGACAAGAUUGAUCUUACAAGCCUCGACAUCCAGCUGGAGAAGCAGCUGACUAAGACAUGGGGCAAGGCCAACCUCAAGUCCCAAGGGCCCAAGGAGGACUGGGAGAUUGACCUUGCUAAGCUGGAGAUCCGCUAUGUGAUCGCUCAGGGGACGUAUGGUACGGUGUAUCGUGGCACGUAUGAUGGUCAGGAUGUUGCAGUGAAGCUGUUGGAUUGGGGAGAAGAUGGUUUUGCCACAGAAGCUGAAACCACCGCUUUGCGAACAUCAUUUAAGCAGGAGGUUGCUGUUUGGCAUAAGCUCAGCCAUCCUAAUGUUACAAAGUUUGUUGGUGCAUCAAUGGGGACCACAGACCUUAAGAUUCCAGUCAACAAUUCGAAUGGUGGUGCACGAACUAACUUGCCAGCGAGAGCAUGUUGUGUUGUGGUAGAAUAUCUUGCUGGAGGAACUUUAAAACAAUAUCUGAUAAAGAACAGACGACGGAAGCUUGCUUACAAAGUUGUGGUUCAGCUUGCAUUGGAUUUGGCCAGAGGAUUGAGCUAUCUACACUCCAGAAAGAUCGUUCAUAGGGAUGUGAAAACUGAAAAUAUGCUACUUGAUACGCAGCGAAACCUUAAGAUUGCUGAUUUCGGUGUUGCUCGUGUUGAGGCUCAGAAUCCAAAGGACAUGACUGGUGCAACAGGCACGCUUGGUUAUAUGGCCCCUGAAGUUCUUGAUGGUAAACCAUACAACAGGAAGUGUGAUGUUUACAGUUUUGGCAUUUGCUUGUGGGAAAUCUAUUGUUGUGACAUGCCAUACCCAGACCUUAGUUUUGCCGAUGUCUCAUCAGCGGUUGUUCAUCAGAAUUUGCGCCCAGACAUUCCUCGCUGCUGUCCAAGCGCAUUUGCGAAUGUCAUGCGGAAAUGCUGGGAUGCAAACCCUGAUAAACGCCCUGAUAUGGCCGAGGUGGUGCAGCUUUUAGAGGCUCUUGACACGAGCAAAGGCGGUGGCAUGAUACCGGAUGGCCAAUCAUCCGGAUGCUUAUGCUUUACCAGGGCUCGUGGUCCAUAGAUUCUUUUCAUGAUACUCUCCUCCCUCAGCUACAUUUUGCAUGUAAUGUAAAUGACUGGGCCACGAAUUCUUCCCGUUGCCACUUGUGCAGUUGGUGCUUACAGUUCUCCACAGUUUCCUUCCCAUCAUUGUGUCAACUGCAGGUCUUCUACGACCUUUGCUGUCCACACUCAUUUCUACACCAGUGUGAUGUUGUAAUUGUGAUUCCAAAGAAAGUUCGUGAUAUAGGACUUCAUUCUUGAAACAGCUGCCUUUCUGGUGCCAUUGGUGAAUAUACAUCUUUAUCUUUUUUUUUUAA